GCUACCUUGUUUACAUUGGUGGCACGCGGAUCAGGAGUUUGACGGCGGCUGGCGGGCCUAGCGGUCGAAGUGCCUGCCUGCCUUUCACAACCUCACUGACGCAGGAGCGGUAGCGGCAGCGGCAGCACUUUCUCUGCCGUCCCCCACAAAACUACCCUCAAAAAAACGUUUCAGCGUUUCGGCAACGCAGCAAGAGGCCCGGUCAAGGCGACUCCCCCACUCGUGCACUUCGACAGGAAAGGGAAAGUCAGAAAGGAGACGAGCACCGUAACAAUCAGUGGCGUGUCAGCGCGUGGAGAAGGAAUAGCUUAGCAACAGAGUCCCGCUUCCUGACGGGGAAGAAACAGAUUCAAGGCCUUAACGCCAUGGAUAUGGACUCUCAGCCACAAGGACAGCAAGCAGCCGUGCCAGUCUUUCAGCCACAGAAACCUUUACAGCCAGACAUGGGCCACAAUUCGCUUGCUAACUUUCAGAUUGAGAAGAAAAUAGGCCGGGGACAAUUCAGUGAGGUUUACCGGGCAAGGUAUCUGCUAGACAACACAUCUGUGGCCCUGAAGAAAGUCCAGAUAUUUGACUUGAUGGAUGCCAAAGCUCGGCAGGAUUGCAUCAAAGAGAUAGAUCUCCUUAAGCAACUGAACCAUCCAAAUGUGAUAAAGUAUCAUGCAUCUUUUAUUGAGGACAAUGAGCUAAACAUAGUACUGGAGCUUGCUGAUGCUGGAGACCUCUCGCGUAUGAUCAAGCACUUUAAGAAGCAGAGGAGGCUAAUCCCGGAAAGAACUGUGUGGAAGUACUUUGUCCAGCUUUGCAGCGCACUUGAGCAUAUGCACUCCCGGAGAGUCAUGCACAGAGAUAUCAAGCCAGCCAAUGUAUUCAUCACAGCUACAGGAGUAGUGAAGCUAGGAGAUCUGGGACUGGGGCGGUUCUUCAGCUCCAAAACCACGGCCGCUCACUCUCUAGUGGGUACUCCAUACUACAUGUCACCGGAGAGGAUACAUGAAAACGGAUACAACUUCAAAUCGGACAUCUGGUCACUAGGAUGCCUGCUCUAUGAGAUGGCAGCCCUGCAGAGUCCAUUCUAUGGCGAUAAGAUGAACCUCUACUCCCUUUGUAAGAAGAUAGAGCAGUGCGACUACCCUCCACUUCCAUCAGAUCAUUAUUCAGAGGAACUGAGGAAUUUGGUAGAUAUGUGCAUCAACCCCGACCCGGAGAAGAGGCCAGACAUCACCUACGUGUACGACAUCGCCAAACACAUGCAGAACGUGACGCAGGGCAGCUAAGCCCGGAAUUACACAAACUAUAGCUUGUAGAACACAUCUCUUCUCAAUUUCCAUGCUGGACGUGUACACAUCUAUCUGCUUCUAUGCAAUUACUUAGUCCAGUGCUCAUUGUGAUAAGCGGGACAGCCUUUAUAACAUGGUUUUUGGAGGAUGUAAACAUGACUGGCAGCCUAAACCCUUUCUGCGCAAGGUAAACAGCAUGCUGAAAUGAGACCCCCCCCCCUCCCUCAAAUCUGUCUAUUGUACAUCCCUGUUCAUAUUGUAGCUUAGAUUUUUCUUUUUUUUUCGUGAAGAUGCCCAAGUGUUUUACGAGCAAUAUUUUCACUCUUAAGUCACGCAAUUAUCACAAAUGCUGUAAAGUUUGACAGGAGCGAUAAAGUGAUUAUUUGACGAAAGAGGAUCAUGCACAAUGAUUCCCAUAAGUGAGCGAUGUAAUAAUAAGACGGUUUGGAUGGAAGUGUUGUACUUUUUACAGCGGUACUGGAGGCCCGGCAGGAUGGUUAUGUACAGCGUUUGGAAAGCAAGGUUGGUUCAGAGGGUCGACUGCAGGCGGGAGAACACGGGAAAAUGUUUUCCCAACACUUUGAAUGGUUGUCACUCAGUCGGCCUGGAGAAGGAGUAAUAGAAACUAUGACAAGAGAAAAAAACCAAAACUGUUUCACCAAAUACUGUUUACCCAUGUCACUGACACCAAAAGAAUUGCUUCUUGGUUUGCCUUGGACUUUGUUUUGGCACAGCAGUAAAUGACAAUAAGCAAACAUGCUCAUGACCCAACGGCAAGGUUGUCUAUAUUGCUAAAACGGUGUGACGGACAUUGCCGAGUUUGCCUCGUGUUCCUUGUGACAGAUAAUGUUUGCCUUGUAUGUAUGUUGUCUACUCAAUGUAUAGCUUAGGAGUAGAAAAAAAAGUAGUGUGUUUCCGGUGAGAUGAAAUUUCAGCAUCGGGUCGGUAGGUCGGACAAAGUUUUUUUUUCCCCAUCUUUUUUUUCCAUCAAAAUUUUAAACAAAAUAACCAUAAAACAAAACAAGAAGACAUUGAACCCCCGCUCUGCCACCACCUAUUUAGUUUUCUCCCCGCUCCGGAAACACUCCACAAACAUGGCGAGGAUGCUGCGCUGAACACAGUUUCUUGCCAUUAUAUUAAAGCCGUGGGGUGAGGGUGGGGGGUAUUAUUUUAUUCUACAUGAAGAAUACAACCUAUUUGCGGGAUCUGACCUCAAGAAAGUGUAUUACUUUUUGUCCAAGAUCCUACCUACUAAUCCUUGUGACAACCGGCUGAUCCACAUUGUUUGUUCAUUGCAGUCUAGCGUUUACCCAACUCCUGUCCUCUGUUCACAUGACAAAGUUUCUAGCUCUCAUGAAAUAGGUUUACAACGGCGUGACAUGCAAUGCGUGUCGAGCGCUGACUGUCUCUGGUUUACAUUACGGUGAUACUGCACGACAUUGACGGGAGCACCGCUUUGUCUUUUAGAAUGAUCAGAAAGUCCAUUUUCUUUAUUGGCUUGGUAGCAAGUCCCGCAGUUUACACGAAUUUUUAUCCUCACCAUUUGUCAUAGACAGUAAACGUUCAAAGCCCAGACAGAAGAACAUUUGCAUUUACGAGUAUCAUAAUAUUUUUGGUUGCGAUCAUGCUUCAUUCACAAUUCUUUGCCCCCCUCCUACCACAGUAAAACAUUUUCAGUGUCGGCGGUUGUCUUGAAUAUUUAUUACCUUCGCCCACAAUGCUGUUGCACCAAAGCUUUCAGUAAUUUUUGUAAUUGCAAGAGACUUUUAUUUGCUACUAAGCAUUUUUAUAAGCAUGCCCAUUUUAAUGGCACGCAGAAGUCCAACAAACAAAACACCAUGCUUGUUUUCCUAAAUCCUUCUCUCACUCUCUCUCUCUCACACACACACACACACACACACACACACAAACCACCUCAAUGCAAACAUUACUGAAAAAAAUUUUUUCGCUGAAAGCACCAUCGCACUAUUGUCACUUAAAAAAUCCAAAGGCGAAGUAUCCCAAAAUAAUAAGUGUGUUUAAAGUCAAAAAUAUAUUGUCAUUGACAGGAAUAUUUUGUCUCCAAGGUCAAAUGCCUUCAUCAAACCCAUUAUCCUUGCCCUUAAAAUAGGUAAUUUUCAAAAUGAACUGUGCUGCGUUCACUUGUGCCGCUUUGCCUGAAGUUGGGCGUGCACAUUCAGUUUUAUGUUUUGUUUGUGCACAGACAAUGAGAUUUAGGUCAUUUGUAAGUCUUCACAAGGGGCUAGUUAAACAUCCAGAGUCCUGGGGAUGAUGGCGGUUCUUAUCAGGGUGAAAUCCUUCUUCACGCAAAGGGCUCCACUGUGUCCCAUUAUUUUACCUUGACUCAGUUACAUUUUCCAAAGGCCAUCUUAUGUAAGUUGUGUUUCGUCGGAGAGUUGAGGGCUUUUCCCACAAGUAAAAUAAUAGGCCCUACUGGCUUUAUUUAUGGUUUGGCUAGUGGUUGUUUUGGUUUCAUCUUGUGUGAAAGAGUCCCACCGAUGCCAUGUAUUUUAGCUUCAUGCAAUAAAGCUCGAACAUUUUUCCUGA